UCCCUUCUACUCUGCUGUCAGCCAGCCAGCCGAUAGAGUACCAGAACAGAUAUCUACCUACGUGAGGCCCGACCGGCCCGAGAGCUUCACUUGCGACAGUUGUCGUUCGGUCGCUCUCAAAGAAUCAUCUCGGCUUCAUCGUAAACCGUCUCCGCUCGAGAGACUUUUAGAAAAACCCUCCAAAAGUAUUCGAAAGUAUCUCAAACAAUUCUCAAUUAAAUUUUAUUUUUUCAAAGAAAUUUUAUUGAGUAAUUUUUAACGGACUGUCAAGAGAACAAACGAUUCUGGAGGAACUUUUAGAGGCUCGUGGACAGCUGUUGACAGAAUUAGAAGGGAUUUAGUGUAAACGUCAGUUACGAAAUUUCGGGAUGGUGAAUCUAAAAAACGCCUUUGGCGCUGACGAGCUUACCGAUAAGAAGGCCGGUCUUCCUCGUGGUCUUUUGGCAGAAUUUCUCGGCACCCUGUUGCUUAAUUUCUUCGGCUGCGGUGCUGUGGUAACUGAAAAUGUUGUUGCCAUCGGUUUGGCCUUUGGUCUGGUGGUGGCGAGCGCGAUUCAGGGGAUAGGUCACGUUUCUGGCGGUCACGUCAACCCUGCAGUCACGUGCGGUCUCAUCAUCAUCGGCAAGGUGCCAAUCAUCAGGGGCAUCCUGUAUAUCGUUGCGCAAUGUGCGGGCGCGAUCGCAGGCUCGGCAAUUCUGCGAGCCCUUUCAGCGGAUACGACGGAGGGUGCUCUGGGUGUAGUGAAGCUCUCUAAGGGGAUCACUCCGAUCCAAGGAGUCGGCGUGGAGUUCUUCCUAGCAUUGAUCUUAGUCCUGGUUAUCUGCGGCGCGUGCGACGCCGCUAAACCGGACAGCAAAGGCAUCGCGCCCCUCUUAAUCGGCCUGGUAGUCACCGUCGGCCAUAUUGUCGGCGUGCCGCGAACAGGCGCCGGGAUGAAUCCGGCGCGUUCGCUGGGCAGCGCCGUAGUAAUGGGCGCCUUCGAUGACCACUGGGUGUACUGGGUAGGCCCGAUUAUGGGGGGCAUCACCGGUGCGCUAAUUUAUGUACACGCAGUUGGGCCCGCCAAGGAACCGGAAGUCCCCGCUAGGACCUACGCCUCCGUUGCCAGCGAGGAGAAGGAGAGGUUCGAGUAUAUUGACAGCGGACAUAACGGACUUUAAGCUCCAGAAUCUUACCGCCAAGAAACACGUCAGUCCCGCUUGAUGCUCUAAUCAACACUUUAACAAUCUUGUCAGUUCGCAAAUUGUAUUAUCGAUAAUACGAUAAGAAUUAUUAGACGGCUUUUAUUGUGAAAAGUGCGCGCUUUUAUUUGCGCGAAGCACAAAUUGCAAAAUUAAAGUUCAGAAUUGUAUUGCUUUUUAAAAGAAUAAUAUUUUUAACAAAACGUCAGUUUCUAAUGAUCGCUAAAAACGAUCUAGAGAUGCAAUUAUUGCAAUCACAAUUAAUUUUAAAAUAAAAAGUAAAAAUUUUUUACAGGAUUUUCACAUUUUUGUUGACCUUGUUAACAAUUGUGUUGAAAUAAAAGCGUUAAUUUAGUUUUAAAAACACAUUAUAAUGCCAAAUAUAAUAGUUUUCAAGAAUUUUUUUUUAUAAAAUGUUGCCAAUCGAUAAAAAUUUUCAUUACAUAAAUUAUAUAAUUAAAUAAAAGUUUAAUUAUAUCAUACGUUUCUAAAUCGUCUUGAAUCAUAUAAGAUAAGAAUGAAAAUACAGAUGAACAUAUGAAGAAAACCGAAGACAGAUCUUUCGUUACAAAAUAUUUUACAAUGCCGACAUCUCAUGCCACAUUGGUCGACACGUGCAGUUGAUAUUCAAUUGUACUUUGAUAACAUUUUGAUAAUUAAUUAAUGGAAUAUUCGGCUGAAUUCCCACCGCGCUUCAUUAAAAAUUGAAAAAUCACGCAACUCCUGUUAAAACGUAUUUGAUAUUAAAUUCUGUUUAAUUUAAUUUAUGACACCCAGUGUAUUUUUGGAUAAGUGUAUGCGCUGCUCUUCAUCAAUAUAAACAUAAGUCAAAAAUUUUCUAACGUUUUUUUAAUUUGUUUUUAAGUAUUCAUGGCUCUCUCAUCAUCAGCGAAAAUCAUCGAGUCUUAAUUUAAUUUCUAAUUGUUUAUCCUCAUUAAAUUAUUGAUUGAGACUGAUCACACGAUAUUGCAAUAAUUCAUGAUUCUUUAAUAAUUUAAUAAUUAAUUUAAUCACACGUAUAAAAAUACUUAAUUUGUAAUAAUAAAUAACGUGCGGGUACAAAAGAUUCGUCUCAAUGGGAUUAUUCAUUAUAUUUUCAUAAACCAUAUCUAUUUUUAUUAAUAUAUUUAAUUAAUUUAUACGCUUGCGUGACUUUUCGAUCAUUUCGCUUAAUGUUAGAUUAAUGUAUAUGCAUGUUCGUAGCCAUUUCGCGCAAGUUUACACGCGAAUUUAUAAUCAAUUUCCAUGAUAUUUUUUAUCUAUUCACCGUGGAUGUUCUCUGAAUUUUUCAUAUCUACAUGCACGAGAGCUAAUAUUUGAUUAAAAGCCACUAAUUUCGUAAAAGCGCGUAAAAAUAUAACUAAUUGUCAAGUAUUGUGAUCACAUAUACGUGACAUUUAAUCCGUCUACAUACAUUUAACGCACUCUCGCAACAAUAUGUAUUUCUUUUAUAAAUGAAAGUAUAUCGUUACUGCAUUAUAUAUUAUAUAUAUGUAAUUAAUAGAUUAUAUAUAUUUAUAUAAUAAUAAUGAUCCAAAAUACUUGUAUUAUCGUAAAUGUAAGAAUUAUAUGUAUGUAAUGUUGUGUACGGAAUAAAGUCUAAGUUUUUAUACAAA